AUGCCCCGAAAACUACAAUCCGGCUGCAAGGAGCUCCCUGCGUCUAAGAUGGAUGGGCUCGGCCUCCAGGAUGAGAUGCAUGAACCGGUCCGUUUCAUCGCGUCCGCAUCGACCCCUGCCGUGCCGGCCAUCGUCCGAAGCCUGUCACGUCUCCCAGGGCUGAACGAGUACGAACUGCGAAUUUUGCGUAAAAAGCAGAAUCGACUGCGACAAUCGGCUUUUCUGACCGCAGAAGCUACCUUUGGACCUGGCACCGCCGUAUGUAUCGACUCGCGCGGCUGGAUUUUGACCUGUGCGCACUGUUUUGGCGAGACGCCUGAAGAGUGGAAAGCCGAGCGCCUAAAAUGGCUUUUCUAUUACAAUGGACUCGCCGUUCAGGUCGAAUGUCGGGCGUGGGAUGAGCGCCGUGAUCUGGCUUUGGCUAAAAUCGUUCGUAUCGAGAUCUUCGACGAACGGUGUAGACGCUCGGUAACCCCUAUUUUUGCCUGUGUCCCUAUCGCUGAAUCAAUGUCUACCUCCUCUUCAAUAUUCUGUAUCGGGCAACCGGGGGCAGAUGACCUAGAGUCGGUCUCUCCGCGCAAGACUGCCUACGAUUUGGUCGAACUCUCUCAGGGUCGUCUAUGUGGCAUGGUUGCCGGUGCAGACCCACAGGACAACUCAGAUAUCGGCGCUCUGAAACAUAACGCCUGGACCUACUGGGGCCACUCAGGCGCACCGCUCCUAGGAGAUCGGACGGUGCUUUGCUGGGCCUACAUUCCUCAUGGGACGAUGCCACGGCGAUGCGUCAUGGAGUGCCCCUGA